CCUUGUGCUGCGAGCAACGCCUUCCCCCUCCCACCCCCUGCAGCCUCCUGCUCUGCACAUCCAGCCUGGGCUCUUAUACAGGGUGAUGGCACCGCAGCCAGGGAGAAGGGGUAGGUGAGCCUGGCACAGAGGGACCCAUAGGAGGCAGGAGAGGGGCAGUACCAAGGCACGGGGGCAGUUAAUUAUAAGGGGCAGAGAUGUCUAUGGGUUAGAGUCAGGCUGCAGCUGCAUAAAGUUUUAGGAGAAGAAAGCAGAAAAGAGAGAGGGAGCCGGGGAAAGUGACAGGAGGCGGCGGGGCAGGUAAGCAGUGGCCAAGGGAGCCCAUUUCUAUAACAUCCCCUCCCUGCUGCCAAGCCAAGAACACAGGAAGCCGUGGGUUUCCUUUAUUGUCUGUAAAUGUCCGGCUGGGCUGGGGCACCGGAGCCCAACUCACAAACGCACAUGGGAAGGGGUCAUUGGCCUCUGUUUACAACAUGCCUUCCUGCGUCCCGAAAGAAAUCAGCCCAUGGUGACAUGCAAGCCAAGGAGCCGACCGAAGUGGCCAUCCUCAACUCCCACAAAGUGCACAUCGUGCGAGAUGACCCCAACGAGAACCUGCGCAAGUUCAAGAGGCGGAAGGGGCUGGUGGAGACCAAGAAGAAGAUUUCUGCCUGGACCAUACUGGUGGCGCUCCUGGGGAUCAUUCUCAUGGUCGUACACACCGAGCUGAUGUGGUACUCCAAAUGUGAGUGGUUUCCGUACCUUUUCUUGGUGAAGUGCAGCAUAAGCAUCUCGACCGUAAUCCUGAUUAUUCUGAUCAUUGCCUUUCACCUCAAGGAGAUUCAGAUCUUUAUGAAUGACAAUUCUCUGCAAGAUUGGCGCAUUGCUAUAAAUGCAAAGAAUAUUGGCUGGAUCCUGCUGGAGGUUGUGGUGUGCGCCAUACACCCCUUCCCAUAUGUGCUACAGUGUGUGGAGGAACAGGGAAACAAUUCUGAAGAGCUGGAGUUCCUCUCAGAAGCAGACAUAUUCCUGUCCAUUCUCAUGUUCCUGCGGGUCUAUCUGUUGCCCAGAACCGUUCUCCUUUAUAGCCGCGUGCUGGGGGAUACCUCGUACAGAAGCAUCGGCUCCCUCAACAAGAUUAAAUUCCAGUACAAGUUUGUUAUGAAGGUCUUGAUGAACACGUGUCCUGGCAAGGUCCUCCUCAUAUUGUCCAUAAGCCUUUGGGUUGUCUCCUCCUGGGUUCUCUCUGUGUGUGAAAGGAAGAAACAGGUUCCCACCGGAGAUAUGACCAAUGCCUUGUGGCUUAUACCCAUCACCUUCUUAACCAUUGGCUACGGGGACAUGGUACCGAAUACUGUCUGUGGCAAAUUGGUGUGCCUAUCCACUGGAGUUAUGGGGGUUGGUUGCACCGCUCUCAUCGUUGCCGUAGCUGCUCAGAAACUGGAGUUCACAAGGGCCGAAAAGCACGUUCAUACUUUUAUGAUGGAUAUACGUUGCAUGAAGCAGAUCAAAUGUGCUGCUGCCAAUGUGCUUGGGGAGGCAUGGCUUCUGCACCGACACACCAAGAAAGGAGACAAGGCUCAGACCCGGCAGCACCAGAGGAACCUGCUCAGAGCCAUUCAUGUGUUUCGUCGUAGCCGAAUAAGCCACAAAAACCUGAAGGAUCAGAUGAAUGCCAUGGUGGAUAUUUCCAAGAUGCAAAUGAUCAUGGAGGACCUGGAUUUAAACUUUAGCUCAUCACACAGAGAACUGGAGAAAAGGAUCGACCAGCUGGACAAGAAGCUGGAUGAUAUCAGUCGGCUAAUCAUGACCACCAUAGAAUCUUCGCAGCUCUCCCACUGACCUCGGAAAGGGAGACUCCUGGAAUCCCUGGAUCAUUCUCAAAUUUCUUUCUUGAAGUUUGUUGACCACUUUAGAAUUGUCUUCCAUUUACAUUCCCCUUCGUUGUUUGAAGGGUUUUUAUAGAAAUAGUGCUGACCACUGAAAAAUUGCUGCUGACGGAACUCAUCUCAUUGGAUUAAUUUACUUGAGUUAUAUCACUUUACAUCUUGAUGAAGCAUCAUGUUUCAUUUAUUGGUCGUAUUGGACUUUUAACAGGUUUAUCUUGUCCUGGGUAGACUGGUAUAAACAAUGCAUAUAUACUUAUUGGAAGGAGAAACUGAUUCCUAGUUUACAUAAAUGGGAGAUUUAAGGCACUUAUAUAACAUUCCUGAUCACUAGCGUGUAGUAUACCAUUAGGGCAGUAGUUCUCAACCUUCCUAAUGCCGCGACUCUUUAAUUCAGUUCCUCAUGUUGUGGUCACCCCCAACCAUAGAGGAGCGGUGUCUCGGUUCCUAAGACCAUAUGUGUUUUCCAAUGGUCUUAGGCGACCCCUGUGAAAGGUUCGUUCGACCCCCAAAGGGGUCCCGACCCAUAGGCUGAGAACCACUGCAUUAGGGACUGGUGUUCACACUGGCAAGAAGACCUUGAGCUUGCUAUGCCUACUUUAAUCUCUUUGCUGGCAAAGAGAACAGCUCUGUUUAUCAUUAACAGUGCUGAAGAACAUGAGCCCUGUCUUCCAGAAGCCCUUGUUUCUAGAAUUCUAUGCUAAAGUAGAUAUGUUACAUUUAAUAGGGAGUAGUAUUAUUCUAAAACUGUCCUCUCAACGUUGCCAAGAUACAUUCUUCUUCUAAGGGUCAACGCAUGGGCAACCUAUGGCUGUGUGGAACAUCUAAAGAGCUGCCAGUUGCCCAACCCCUGUUUUAAUAGGAUGGAGAAGUCAAUCCAAGUUCUUAUAGGGUGGGAUUAAGGGUGCUAAGUCUUUGGAGGCUGAGCCUCCAACAUAAGUGUCAUAUUCUAGUAACUCCUCCAGCCACCACAGCGAGGACAGAUUUAAGUUGACACUAACAGAAGAUGGACAGAGGUAAUACCCAUGUGUGGAACAAAUUAUAGCCUUACAGUGUACAGUGCCUUAGAUAUAUAUACACACACACAAAUAUAUGUUGCUGUAUGUCUUUAGGAAUGAGUAUUAUUGAGGUCUAGGUCUUUUAAAUCUAAGCACAAAGUACAACGAGAUUGUUAGAUGGCUGGGAUGGCUUUUUCGUUUUAUCGCCAUUAUUUACUAUUUUUGAAGUUCUAAUAUUGCUUAUGGCUGUUGGCCCUUGACAUUAGUUUUAUUUAGGGGGAGAUUCAUCAAUGUUCGCGUUUGAUUUUUUUUUUUAUGAUUGGAGUUUUUUAGUACUAUAACUCCAGUACUUUUUUAGUACUAUAACUGCACCUGUGCUAACGCAAGCCCCCCCCCCCCGGUUUUGGGCGCGCAUGCGCAGUUCCCGCGGAGGGGGUUGCAAGGUGAUAGUUCAUUGCCCCCGCCGAGUAAUCACAAGCGGCAGGGGCAAUGAAAACAGAGCGCAAAGAGAGGCUUCUGCCUGGCGCCCCCCAAUCGUUGCGCCCUAGGCAGCUGCCUCAGCUGCCUCAUCUGCCUACCCCUAGUUCCGGCCCUGUAUAACUCCCAAAAUUCGAAUGAUGGUUUAAACACUAGAAUGUCUGAUAUUUAUUAAGUGCUAAACCCCCAAAAACUCGAAUGUAAAACUUCGGCAUCUAAAAGCUUGUGGGUUUAUGUAGAAUCAAUGGGAGCUGUCCUAGGCAAUCUCAAGCCAUAUUUUCAAUUCGAGAUUUUUUUCGAGUUUGUAAACAGACAAAUUUGAAUUAUUCAAGUUUUUUAUUUGUUUUCCAUAAUAACAAAAAAGCAAAAAUUACCAUUUUUUAUUUUUAAAAAGCGAGUGUAUUUGAAAUAGAAAAACACAAAACGGAGAAAUUCACAAACUCGAAAAUUGCUAAAUGAGCCCAUUAAUGCGCCGUUAUACUAUUGUCAGUAGGGGCUGCCCCAUCUGUACAGUCUUUUCUUGUAUAUAAAUUCAUUUGUAUAUUUUGCAGGAAUAAAAAAAACAUGGACAAAU